AAAAGUGAUCAUGGGACUUCGCAUGUAUGCGCACUGGACGCCGAAGGAAAUGGAGUUUCGGCAACAAGCACUGUGAAUCGAUGGUUCGGUGCUGUGGUUCAAUCGGAUAAACUUGGAAUCGUUUGGAAUGACGAAAUGGACGACUUCUCAUCACCAGGUAUGGCGAAUGGAUUCGGUUUUGCGCCUUCAGAGACAAACUUCAUCGUGCCCGGCAAGAAACCAAUGAGCAGCAUGAGUCCGAUGCUUAUCUACGAUAAAAAAACUGGAGAUUUGAAAAUGGUUGUUGGUGCAUCGGGUGGUUCGAAAAUAAUUUCUGCGAUGGCCAAGCCGAUCGUACGAACGCUGUUCUUCAACGAAACCAUCAAAGAAGCAAUUGACGCACCUACAUUACACAACCAAUUCACGCCUGAUGUCACACAACUUGAAGGCGAUGUUCCUGAGGAGUUGGUGGAGGACUUGAAAACGAUAUUUGGCCAAACUUUCAAGCCAACAACUGGUUUCGAAGGUAUAAUGCAAGCAAUUCUGGUCAAUGACGACGGUAGUAUUUAUGCGAACGGAGAUUUUAGACGGAAAACCGACAUGCAUCCAGGAGGAUAUUAG